UCGGAUAAGCAGGAAGGAGACUCUGCAGGUUCGCUCUGAUGACUGAAAGAAACGCAGCUCUGUAGGACUUUCUCGUGAAGAGCUCAGAGGAACUGAAGAAGCUGUGAAGCCGUUUUCGCCCGACUGAUCCACUGAUCGAUUGGAGGAUGUGGAUGCUGCGCAGCGUCCUGUGCGUGUCUGUGGUCUGCGGUCUGGCUCUGGACUCAAACACCAUCAGAUCCUCCAAAGAGUCGGCGCUGCAGAGCUCCGAGCUGCCGGAUCGUUCCCAUGACGACAGGAUGGAGACAAAUUCCAACUCCCACCGACGACAAAGCCCGCCAUGUACUUCGACUCAAUGCAACGCACCUCCGCAGAGGGGGCGCUGCAGUAACAGAGCUGACAGAAGGCCGUCCCCCAGUGACGGACAGGCGGACGGACAGGCGGGCAGAGUGACGGGAGGACAGAGGGACGCUGACGGCAACAGGACCAAAACUCUGGAGAUGUCGAGCUGCGUGCGGUCCGGCGACUGCGCGGACGGCCUGUGCUGCGUCCGGUACCUGACCGGCAAACGGUGCCAGCGGAUCCCGGUGGAGGGCGAGGCCUGUCUGCUGCGAGGUCCAACCAAGCGGAGGAGGAACCUGGGACGCUGCGACUGCGAUGCGGGGCUUUUCUGCACCGCCGUGGACCGGGUAGAGACGGGCAAAAACAAGGGCCAGGGGGUGUGCGCGCCCCGGCCGAAGCAGGGCCAGCGGAAAACAAGGCAUUCUGGGAAGAAGCGGAGGACGGCAGAGGGGAGCUGCUGACGGACUCAUGAACUCUUUAUUUAAGUCUGUAGAAGGUUUUAGAUGUUUCUCAUAUCACAGGUUCAUCCAAUCAGCAGCUGCCACACUUUCUCCAUCACUGUCACUUCAACCAAUAAAAGUCAAUGAAAGUU